GAUAAGCUCUAGGGACCUGUGGGCACGGGAAGCCUGAGAACAGAGAGGCAGAGGAGAAGAUCCUGCCAGUGCACCUACACGUGGCCGCGGUCCUUGCUCUGACAAAGGCCAGUGGGCAGAAAGACUCGUGGGAGCCACCUCCCUCAGGGCCCCCACCUGCCUGCCCUUCCUUGCCCCUCACUGCUUGCUGGGAAAUCCAGAGAGGGAGAGAAGACGAUGGAGCCAGACAGGACUCAGAUAAAACUUGACCCCAGGUACACAGCAGAUCUUCUGGAGUUAUUGAAAACCAAUUACAGCAUCUCGUCUGCCUGCUUCUCUCAUGCUCCCACUGCAGCCCAGCUUCUGAGAGCACUGGGCCCUGCAGAAAUUGCCCUCACAGUCAUCAUGACCUUGCUUGCCCUGGGCUCAGUCAUCAUCUUCCUGGAGGAUGCUGUCUACCUGUACAAGAACACCCGGUGUCCCAUCAAGAGGACCACCCUGCUCUGGAGCAGCUCUGCACCCACGGUCGUGUCUGUGUUCUGCUGUUUUGGUCUUUGGAUCCCUCGUUCACUCAUGCUCGUGGAAAUGGCCAUCACCUCGUUUUACGCAGUAUACUUCUACCUGCUGAUGAGGGUCAUGGUGGAAGGUUUUGGUGGGAAGGAGGCAGUAAUGCGGACACUGAAGGACACUCCGAUGAUGGUCCACACAGGCCCCUGCUGCUGCUGCUGCCCCUGCUGCCCCCCACUCAUGCUCACCAGGAAGAAGCUUCAGCUGCUGAUGUUGGGCCCGUUCCAGUAUGCCUUCUUCAAGAUAACACUGAGCCUCGUGGGCCUGUUUCUCAUCCCUGAUGGCAUCUUUGACCCAGCAGACAUUUCUGAGGAAAGCACAGCUCUGUGGAUCAACACUGUCCUCGGUGUGUCUACCCUGUUGGCUCUCUGGGCCCUGGCCAUCAUUUUCCGUCAAGCCAAGAUGCAACUGGGAGAGCAGAAUAUAGGAGCCAAAUUUGUCCUCUUUCAGGUGCUCCUCAUCCUGACUGCCCUGCAGCCAUCCAUCUUCUCAGUCUUGGCCAACAGUGGGCAGAUUGCUUGUUCACCUCCCUUUUCCUCUAAAAUCAGGUCUCAAGUUAUGAAUUGCCACCUCCUCGUACUGGAGACUUUUCUAAUGACUGUGCUGACACGCAUAUACUACCGAAGGAAAGACAACAAGGUUGGAUAUGAACCUUUUUCUUCCUCAGACCUGGAUUUGACUUCAAAUUCCAAAGUGGACAUUGAAAGAGACACUGUACACAUUAAAUGGUCACAAGAUUUCCUCACUGCCCCUCAACCUUGACCACAGGGGAAUGGAUUCCAUUUCCAGAACAAGAUGACAGAUUACAUUUGACUAUAGGACAUGAAGAAUUAUGGAAUAGAAUGCAAUUAUUUUGGACCUUGUCUGAAGAAGGUAUUUUAAGUUUUAUAAUAAACGGGAUAGAGUUUAAAAUUCUACAGUUGGGUACAUUGCCUCUGUACUUUGCCACUAUUAGCCCUUGAAGCUUAUAUAUUGAAAGGUCACUCUGAGUUUUCCCAAAGCCAAUGAAAGGGGGGAAAAGUAUGUGGAGUUUGCCUGUUAUAUGAACAGGAGUAGAAAUCAACCAGGCAAGCCCUUAUGAUUAUUGUGGCAUUAUUUACAAUAACCAAAAUAUGGAAGCAACCUAAAUGUCCAUCAACAGACGAAUGGAU